GUGAAAAUGCUCGGCUCGAAAGGUGAACGUGGCAGUGCUGAGAAGGCUAACAGUGGCAAUGCGUCAACGCCUUCACAAGCAACCAUCAACUCAUUCAACGACAUCCAGCCGGCGGUCAUCGAUCUACUUUACAAUAAACUGACGGGUCAGGCGGCUAGGGAUGUGCAAACUCUAGAAGAGAAAAGUGGAGUGAAACGCGAACAAUUCUUUUACGGAAUGACUGCGUUCGUUUUCUGUUACCUCGUGUUCGGCUCAGAGGCCGGUCUCAUGUGCAACCUGAUCGGUUUCAUCUAUCCUGCAUUCGCCACCCUUCAGGUCAUCACUGAACAAUCUGUAGACCGAUCUCGUCUCCAAUUUCGUGAUGACGGAAUAGCUGGAGAGCGCUAUUCAACAGCUGGCGAUAAGAACUCAUCAUUGAUAAAAACUGGAGUUUUUUUUUUNAAAGAUCAAGGGAUCCCAUGGCUUGUUUAUUGGACCGUUUUUGGCGCUUUCUCGCUUACUGAUUUCUAUUCGGAAAAUAUCCGCAGCGCUUUUCCGGUUUAUUGGCUUUGCAAGGCCGUUUUCCUACUUUAUCUGUUUUUGCCACAAACUUGCGGUGCACAAAAGUUUUACGAGAAAUUGGUGCUACCGACGAUUGGCCGUGUCGAGUUCGCGAUCGUUAAUUACGACAGCAACAAGAAAGCAUAA